GGUAGCAUUAAGAUGAAGAAACUGCUGGUAAUAAUCGCCCUGAUUGGAUGUGUCCUUUCUAAACGCUUACCAAGACGUCGAGAAGCUCCGACUGUUAGAGAAGUAGAAAGUCGCAUCGUUGGUGGAGUACCAGUCGAUAUAAGAAGUUUUCCUUGGCAGGUAUCAAUUCAAUGGAGAGAUCGUCAUUUUUGUGGUGGCUCCAUCAUCGAUAGAAGCUGGAUACUGACUGCAGGACAUUGUAUGUACGACUUUAAAAAUGUCCAACUAGGCGACAACCUUAAAAUUCAUUCUGGCAACAACAAUUGGCAAUUAGGUACCGCUACUGUUGUAGCAAAAUCUAUUGUUCAUCCAAAUUUUAACAAUGUGACAUAUGAUAGUGACGCGGCCCUUCUUCAACUGAGAACUCCAAUUACUUUCACAAAUGGCACUCAAAAAAUAUCAUUGGUCGAAGAAGGUCAAGAUCCUGCACCUUAUUCACCUGCAAUUGUUACUGGCUGGGGUGACACAAGGGAAGGAGCUAAUAAUGGUUCGCAGAUUUUACGUGGAGCUUUAGUUCCAAUCAUAUACAGAAAUGAUUGCAGAAUUAUGAACUCUGGAUUGUACUCUUCGGUUAAUACAAAUAUGAUUUGUGCUGGAUAUGCUGAUGGAGGAGUCGAUUCCUGCCAAGGUGACAGUGGUGGUCCAUUAAUUGACACAAAUACUAGGCAAAUAGGAAUUGUUUCAUGGGGAUUAGGAUGUGCAAGGGAACAUGCCCCUGGUCUAUAUGCAAGAGUUGGCGCACCGACCAUCAGAAGUUUUAUAAGACAACAGACUGGCGUGUAAAAUAAUGAUUAUUUUACAUUGCUGAAUAAUUUACGAUAGCAAACCAAUUUAUUUAAAUUAACAUCAGCACAGAAUAAUUUCAGAUUAGAUUAGGAAAA